AUGCCGGAUCGCGGAAGCAUUCGAGGUCUGCACCGACUGUGCGACUCGGUGAGCGGCGUCAACUGGCGUCCGACGCGGUUCGACGACGAGUUGACGUUGAGCCGUUACUCGUGCUGCGUGUGUUAUGUCAUUCCCAGCACGACGGUCGUGCUGCCCUGUUCGCACGCUCUGUGCGAGCUGUGUGUGACGGGGUGUGUCGUCCAAGAUGGCGGAAGCGUCUGUCCCCUGGACGCCCAGCCUUUCUGCGAAGACGAGUGCCAGAAGUUAAAGCUCCCUGCCAAGACAAAGAACAACCUCAAGGCUCAUUGCUGGAAUGAUGCUGACGGCUGCGAGUUUGUAGGCACCAUCGAGGCCGUACUGCUGCACUUCGACAGAGAAUGCGCCUUCCACGCUGUCCAGUGUCACGGCUGCGAACGAAGAAUACUGCGAACAGACAUUGCGGCACACUAUGUUGCCGGAUGCUCACAGAACGCUUCUUGUGCAAGCAGUGCUCAGCCGAACAGGCAAGAUAGUCCGUCUACCAGUUGUUACGAGAGUGCAAUACUGGAAAAGUUGUCCGCUCUUCAGGCACAAAUGAACGGAUUCUCCCGAACCUCGGACUCCGCACGUUUGAAUUGCAUCAGCCGCGCAGUCAGUGCAUUUGAAAGUAGUUGCCUGCGUGGAAUGAAAGGCAUAGAGUCGAACAUCAUUUCGACGAUGACUCAACAACUGAACGCUGGCCUGCAAGAAGUGAAGAUGCUUGUCAGAGAUCCCUUAAGCGAUCAGCUGUCAUCACUUCAGAGCCAAGUGAACGAACUCGUUGAACAGUCUAGGCAGCACGACACCUCCGAAAUGCAGGAAGUGGUAGGCCUGGUUAGAGACACGCAAGCUCAAUUGAAGCAAGAUGGGCCGGCCCAGUCGCAGCUAAUGGCGCGCAUGCUUAGAGACACCGAAAAUAAAUUGAAAGAAGAUCUUUCAUCCAAAUUACAGGAAUUUGUACAUGCGCUAAAGGACUCCGCAUGCGAGACAAAAGAGCAUGUGAGCAAGGUAGAGGUUAAUCUCUCUUCGAAGCUCACGGAGCAAGAGCAGUCUCUGCUGAGAGCGCUCGAAUCCUUCAAGCUUAAUAACGAAUCUAGCGAAAGAGAGAGACCCCUUGCCACUGCUGCUCUGGGAAAGCAAGAAGAUAUCCCAAGCAGGAUGCAAGAGAGUUUGAUCCCGUUGAAGCUGGAACUGUUCGUCGACGAAACAGUGAGGACUCUGGAAUUUCUGCGCCAGCAGAUUUAUAGAAGCGCAAAUGAACUAUGGGUUUCGGAUGUUACCAACUUUGACUCAUAUUGGUGCACCACGGGCGCCAGUACUUCCUCAGAUUCGCCUCUCAAUGUGACCCUGGGAAAUGCAAGUGUACUUAGCGCAGACAAAAAAGUGUCCACAGUCGCGAAUAUUUGGUACUACAGGAACAUGUGGACUACAAUUGUCUUUCAGGCAAUGCAACCCUCAGCGAACUUUUGCAUUCAUAUGGACUGCAUUAAUACUUUCGGACAAUCCAGCUCUCGAAUCACCGAUGUCACCGUAGAGGCAGUACCAAUACGUCCUAAUACGUCGUCUCUUCCUUUUCACCGCUGUAGUCUAUGGGAACCCUAUCUCUGGUCCAGAAAGGGCACCUCACAUUUUAGGGCGAGCUUCAUUUAUAGAAAAAGGAAAGCUCGCUGAAGGCGGCUUCAUAAAAGACGGAGAACUUACGCUGCGAAUUAAGUUUAUAGAUUAGGACCCACCUACAGCCUCCGCACUAGAAACAUGUUUUUGAAGACAAAACCAUCUAUUUAAUGUGGAAGAUUCGAACUUCAAGGCAACGGCAGCGAAUUUACCUUGUGUGUUCUUGAACAUCUGUUUCACAAAGGGAAGCUUAGAUGCGAUAGCAUUUCAUCCAAAACUUCAUUUAAUAGAAAAACAUUAUUUCCCGUUCUUGUUGAUAGGGGUUGAGUUGUUCAAAACAGGAUUGUCACAUAUAGCGAGUGCGUAGAGGAUUAGCUUUGUGCCUAAAGCCUUAUUUAUUAAGCUACUAACACCGCUAAGUGUUCCCAUGAGUGAGAAACUGUUGCGGCACUGUUGCGAACUUCUAGUGCAAUCUACGUUUCGUGUAGAUAGCAAUAGAUGAGUUGGGAAUACGUACGUGCAUCUGUAAUAAAAUAAUUAGAAAAAAACUGCCUGAGUGAUUGCAUCUACUGGCCACAACAGGACUAAAGUCUUGUGUUUAGACCACUGACCAGGAGUGGGCUUCCAAGGUUGUUCAAACGCACAGUGCAAUGAUAUGCAAGUGCGAAAAACGUGUAGCGUAAUGUUCUCGAACAAGGCGUUUUGAAAGACCGCGUUGUGUAUGAAGCCAUGUGAACACUGUUGUGUGAAGCUGUUCUAAUAAAGUGCCGUUUGUUUCCUGCGCUGACAGCGAGUGAUUCUUUAUUGAUUGAAAGGAGAAACUUGGUUCGAUUUGUUGUGAUGCCCUUCCAGUCCUGGGCCCUUUUGACAUCUGCAGACCUUGGGACCUAGUUUAUAAAGAACUUUUGUUCUUGCAGGUCUAAGCUGGCUAUGUGAAGUUCUUUGUUGUUUUGGGAUAUACACUGGUUAGUUUUACGAGUAUACUUUUACAUUUUUGUUUCUUCGAUUGGUGAUUGUUUCUCA